AUGGCAUUCAUGACGUUGGCAAAGCUUGUGAAGAAAGAAGAGGCCGACAAGCUUUCCACCAACUACACCUGUAUCGUGUCACUGCUUUCGCUGUUGGAGAAAUCUCUCGCCAAUCCUGAUCAUAAGGCAGAGAUAUGGCAAGAAGCAUCCGAUGAGAACUUUGCGAAAGCGAUUAUUGUUAAUGCAGAAGAGAUAGUUCAAUCAAUAGUUGAGCUGGCAAUCAAUGACAACAACAAACGGCUCAUAGUAAAAAAAGGAGGCAUUCCUUUCCUCGCUAAAUUGCUCCAUCGAGAUUGUUCCCUUGAGGAGAAGACUGCUGCCGCCAAUGGGAUCUGGGGACUCGCAUUUCUCAAGGAACAUAAAGAAAAACUACUGAAAAAACAGGAUAUUAUCAACAAUCUGACGGAGAAUUCCAAGAGCAAAAACGAAAAACUCCGCAAUGCCUGUAUGGGCGCUCUCUUCGAGAUCUACGAAUCCAAACUUCCCGAAGGCCUGAAGCAAAAGCAAACCACUGGGAAAGCAGAUCCCAAGUCACCGCCGAAGGAGACGUCGGCCAGUGUGAAGUCCAGUGGACACAUCAUGCUGAGCUACAAAUGGGAACACCCGUCCAAAGCUGUGAUGCGAGAGUUCAAGAUGCAGCUCAGGAAACGAGGCUACAAGGUGUGGAUGGAUGAAGACCACAUGAUGGGUGAUAAAAUCGGUGCCAUGGCAGACGCCGUAGAGAAUGCUGAUAUGAUCAUAGCUUGUAUCACACGUGGUUACCAAGAUAGUCAAGACUGCCGUACAGAAGCGUCUUAUGCUUACGAAUGCAAGAAGAAGAUUAUCCCUGUGAAGGUGAGUAAUGACUUCAAAGCUUCUGGUUGGCUAGGCGGUAUCACGGCAGGAAAGAUCUACUACAUCGUUCAGCAAGCUGAACUUGUCUCCGAGGUACUCACCAGCAUCAUCGAAAAAGAAUUCGCAGUGCAGAAAGAAACGGUCCAGAACGUGAACGCUACUCCCCCGGCCGGUCCUUCGUCCCCAGAGCUAGAAGUACCUCCAGUCAAAUCUCAAGUACUCGGAUGGGAUUCCAAGAAGGUCCAGGAUUGGCUGGCAGCUAACAACGUGACAACACGUAACAAAGCUUUGAAAACUCUCAAUGGAACCCAAUUACUGCAACUGAAGAAACAACUGGUCACAGUCCCACAAACUUUCUAUCAGUCAAUGAAAGAUGAUCUUAAGGUCCCAUAUACUGAUGUCCUAUCACUUGCUGCUGCUCUUGAAAAUCUAGAUUGA